AUGAGGUUCAAGCCAGCCUCAAUCCUAGCCGGCUUCCUAGCCCUAACAACAACACUCGCUACUCCUACAAGAGUCGCGCGCCAGCCGACACUGGUCCAACGUGAUUCUGCAGCAAUCGUGAGCAAAGUAGCCGAAAUCAACACUCAGGUCCUCGCUCUGGGCUCUGACAUCGCUGCCUACACCGGUGGUGACACUUCCGCCAUUGAGGAAUCGUCGAAUCAGCUCAUCGCUGUCAUCGAUUCGGGCACGGAAAUCGUCCUGGCCGGCGACUCUUUGACCAGCAUUGAAGCCCUGGAUCUUGUCACUCCCAUUCUGGACUUGACUAGCGACGUGGAUGCAACCAUUGUGUCGCUGAUUGAGAAGAAAGAUCUGGUGGUUGCGGCGGGUUCGGGACCAAGCGUCUAUGCGCAGCUGACGGCACAAUUGACUGCUGCCAAUGCGUUUGCAGAGGCGCUGAGCAGUAAAGUCCCGGCUGCACUGAAGGAUAUUGCCGAUGAGCUUUCCGCGGGGAUUAGGGCCAGCAUACAGAAGGGAAUUGAUGCCUAUGCGGAUGUGGCUACUCCUACGACGACAAGCACUACUACUACGGUGACGUCCACUAGCACGUCUACUACUGAAACUACAACGACGACUGAGACCACGACGACUGAUACCACAACCACCGAGACCAGCACGACUACUGACACCACAAGCACAACUGAAACCACAAGCCCGCCCACAAGCACCUCGACUACCUCCGAGCCCUGUGAAACAGAGACACAGGAACCUGAGCCAACCACCACUCCUUGCGAAACGGAAACGGAGACCCCCCCUCCAUCUUCGACGACGGAGCCAUGCGAAACUGACUCUGAGACGCCAGAGCCAACUAGUACCCCGUGCGAUACUGAAACAGAGACCCCUCCUACUUCGGAGCCCUGUGAGACUGAGACUGAGACUCCACCCCCAUCAAGCACCACGCCAUGCGAGACCGAAAGCGACACCCCUCCUCCAUCUACUUCAGAACCUUGCGAGACCGAAACGGAGACCCCGCCCCCCUCAACCACUGAGACUGACGAGCCUGAGCCAACAAAGACAGAGUCAUCGACUGAACCACCCACUGGCCCAGGACACACCGAACCCCCAGCCCCAGAGCCAACCGAUUCUAGUUCGACAACCCUAGUCCCCACAACCUCGCAAACAGGCGUCUCCCCAGCACCCACAGGCGGAAGCUCGGAUGAAAACGAAACUAGUCCCGAACCUGAGACCCCAUCCGAUACUGACACUAGCCCCGAGGGCCCCGAGUCUAGUGGCGGUGUCUCGGAGGAGACUGAGCCUGUAACCCAGCCUGAGACCCCUAGCAAUACUGAUACUGGCCCCGCGGCCCCGGAGUUCACUGGCGCUGCGGCUAUGAAUGCGCUGAGGUCUUCCCUUCUGGGUGCGAUGGUGCUUGGAGGUGUGAUUAUGGUUCUAUAG